UAUUAAUGAGUAGCGACAUAAAGAAACAAAUGAAUGAUUUUCGUAUGGCUCAUUUUUCAGUUGGGUUUGAUAAAUGUAUAGUCAAUUACAUUUCAUGUUAGCUUCUGGCAGUACCAAUUACCUGGAUGAUUAUACUGCCAAAAAACCGGAUAAGGAAUUGCCAACUACUGAAGAAGCUAAACAUUUUGAAGCAUACAUAGCAAAUCCUCGAAAAGCCCAUUUUGAAUUAGGAGAAGACAAUGUCAAUUAUUAAUCUAUUGCAAAAUUAUCAUUUAAUCCAAAAGAAUCACAAAAAGCACAACUGUCUGAAGAAACCUAGAAAGAUCUACGUAAUCAUCAUUUUAAAUUGGGAUUCCACAGUGUCCCAAGUGAAACUGAAUAUUCCCAAUAUAAGAAUCAGCCUUUGGAUAUUCAAAAAAAACAAUAAGUAAAUAUUCGUAAACACCAUCACGACUUUGGAGAUCUGAAAACUUACUUCACAACAACAUAUCAAGACACAAAUAAAGAAUAUCAAGUUUAAAAGGAAGAAUAUCAUGCGCCAGAUAUUCGCAAGACCAAUAUCAAUAUAGGCAAUGUAUCAUUAAUCAAUCAUCUUAGAAUCCAAUGGAUUACACUACUCAUUACGCUCGAUAUCAUGAUGGGUAAUAGAAUCCCCAAGCCCACAGCAAAGGAAAUCUGGAGAAAUUUCUAAAAGAGUCUCAUCUUGUCUUGGGUGAAGAUCCCACAGUCAAGAGUUCACAGAACAAAGAUGCCUUCCAAGGAUAGUAGAAUAAAGAAGUCAUUAGAGUCAAUAAAGAAGUUUUAUUAGAUUUAAGAACAGCUCAUUUUGACUUUGCCUAUCAAAAAGCAGAAAUGCCUUAAACAACAAAAUAAUCAAUGUUCUAAAAAACAGCCAUAGCCGUAUCAUAACCAAACUUACCAACCAGUUCAUUAACCAUUGGUACUCAUGGAUUCUUGAAUGAUCGAUACUAUCAAACUAGUUAUGCUACUAAUUAUGCUAAUCCAAAUACUUAGAAACCAGAACUUGUCAAAGAUCCCAGAAUCACAGCUGUCAAAUUUGGGGACGAAUAAGUAGAUUACAAUACUGAAAAUAAUAGAAAGUAAUAUUUAAUAAUAAUAUUUUAGUUACUAAAUACCAGAAAAAGUAGAUUAAUUUAAAUUGGAUAGAAAUUAGAUAAGAGAUUUAAGAUAACAUCAUUUCUAAUUAGGAACUGACCCCAUUGAAUAUCCAUCAAAAACUAGUCAAAUCACUCCAUAACCUAAUGCUUUGAGUGAAGAUCAACUCAAAGAUUUAAGGAGAUAGCAUUUUGUUUACGGAAGUUAGAUAGGAACAUACAAUACUCACAAUUCUGAAUAUGGCACUAGACAAGGUCCUCCUAAUAAAUUGGACCCAUAACUAUAGAAGGAUUUAAGAAUGCAUCAUUUUGAAGAAGAUGGAGAUAGAGGUUUUUAAACUUCCUACAGGGCCAUGCAGCCAACAUAAUGA